AUGCUCGAUCACAAAUACUCUCUGUUCUCGGGAUUGAAUAGCGAGUUCGUGUCUCCUGAUUGGGACACCAAGCUUCCUCAGAACAUCAACGACAGCGACAUUUCGCCCAUAUCUACAGCAGUCAAGCCACAGGCUGGCCCUACGGAGAUGGUCUUCAGGUUGGUGGUUUCUCAGGUAGCCAACUUCAUCAAAGAUGAUCCCUUGGACGGCUUAGGACUUGCCCUCCGAGUACAGGGGGCCGAGCCUGGCACUACGGAGUAUGAAGUGUCUGUAGCUGGUCUUCAGAAGUUCCACAACGACUUCGAAUGCCUUGAAGCAAGACUCCUCUGCAUCGAGAAGCAGUACUGCGACCCUUCCGCCGAGCCCAUACAUCUAGCUGCCUCAUGUGUGCGUCGUUCCAUAAUAGAAAAGGUCCGACGUAUAGCUCUUCCAAUGCGCGAGACGCCAGAGUGGGGGACAGAUGUCUGCAACGUCCAGGACAACAUCUUCCGCAUAUGGCUCACCCACCACGAAUCCAUCGUGGAAAUGAUUCAUGGUUGCGUCGACUUCGCUUGGUAUUACAAGAGUCAUUUCCAUAUUGACUCGUUGCUUUUCUUGCUCGGCCAGCUCUUCAAACGGCGCCCCGUCGGCCCCUUUGCCGAACAAAACCUCGAGCAGGAAUGGCCCAUGACAUCUGAUCUCGAUUUCUUCUUGGUCAUUGCGGAAAGUUUUCGUGUCUCAUACUCAUACCCGCUGUCAGCAUCUCCGGCGGACAGCAUUCUCGACGACCUGCGCACAAAUUCGUAA